GAGCUUAUUAAACUGAAGUGGAAAGAUUUCCGUUAUUCAUUCCGAGCUUGAGGCUCAGACUCAACAAACCGAGAAAUAUAAAUAGAGGCGCUUCAGUGAAACUCGCUUCUCUCUGCGACUCCUUCCUUUCUUCAAUUCCUCCCAUAUCCAUGGCGUCAGGGGACACAGAUUCCUUCAGCGACAAGGUAGAAGAGAAUUUCCACCACCACAACAACUCCGAUUCCGAUUCCUAUUCCGAUUCCGACGACGACCACAACAAGAGGCCGCCGCCAAAAACCACCGGAUCCACCAACGUUUACCGCCUCUUCGGUCGCGAUCAGCCCGUCCACAAGGUCCUCGGCGGUGGAAAACCUGCUGAUAUUUUACUAUGGAGGAGCAGGAGAAGCACUGGAAUCGUACUUGGUGCUGGCACUGCCUUCUGGAUUUUCUUUGAGUUGAUGCAAUACCACCUCAUAACUUUUAUUUGUCAUUUAUUGAUUGUGUCUCUGGCUGCACUUUUCUUGUGGUCCAAUGCAUCUGUCUUUAUCCACAAGUCUCCACUGCACAUCCCGCAUGUAGCACUUCCCGAGGAAUGCGUUCAUCAGGUUGCUUCUGCUUUAACAAUUGAAAUUAACCGAGCCUUCGUUGUUGUGCGGGAAAUCGGAACUGGGAAGGAUUUAAAGAAGUUUCUUAGCGUUAUUGCUGUAUUAUGGGUUAUCUCGGUUAUUGGGAGUUGGUUCAACUUCAUGACCUUGUUUUACCUAUUCUUUGUGUCACUGUUCACAUUGCCACUGCUGUAUGAGAAAUAUGAAGACCAGGUUGAUGCAUUAGGUGAGAAGGCAAUGAUUGAGAUCAAAAAGCAGUAUGCAGUGUUUGAUGCUAAGGUUUUGAGCCAGAUACCAAUAGCGGGCUUUAAAAAGGAUUAGAAUACAUCAUCUAUCAAGUUAUUGUUUACUUAAGGUGGAGAUCUGUUUUGUUCAGAUGUCAAGUUUUAAGUCUUACCGAAAUCCCUCUUCCUCUUUUAGUUUUUUCUUUUCUUUUUCUUUUUUCUUUUUGGUGAAUCUUUUAGUUAAUUGAGUGAAAUAUAGUUUGAGGAAUAAAAGUCCACCUAGUCCUGCCUUUAUUUUUUAGGAUUAUCUUGGAUUAUUUAUGUGUAGCCCUAAAUUAAAUAUCAAAAGGCAUCAUCAUUUUGUUGUAUACAUUGGCUUGAUGCACGUGUACCCCAUGUCAUCUAAGGAAGUGCUUCCCAAGUUCUGUAA